UGCCAGCGCCGCAGCUCCACGGCCUUAAAUAGAGCAGGCGUCGGGAGAGCUGUGGUAGAGUGGGGGGAUUGAGGUGUCGGGAAGAGCUGGGGGCGGUCGGUGAUAACGUUGCUUUACGGUACGCUGCUAUGACUCUGGAAGAAACGCAAGAACAGGAGCUGGCGCCUGCGGGCGAAGACUGGAUGCAGGGCGCCGGCGAGGCCCUCCACGAGCUGCUGGUAUCGGCGCAGCGCCGCGGCUGCCUCACCGCCGGCGUCUACGAGUCGGCCAAGCUUAUGAACGUAGACCCAGAUAACGUGGCGUUCUGCGUGUUGGCGGCCGAUGAGGAGGACGAGGGGGACAUCGCCCUGCAGAUCCACUUCACCCUCAUCCAGGCCUUCUGCUGCGAGAACGACAUCGACAUCGUGCGUGUGAGUGACCUACCCAAGCUGGCUGCUGCCGUGGGAUCCAGCGAGGAGUCUGGCGAGCCCAGAGACCUGCACUGCAUCCUCAUCAUGAACCCAAAUGAAGAUGCCUGGAAAGACCCAGCUCUAGAGAAGCUGAACUCCUUCUGCGAAGAAAGCCGGAAGAUCAAUGAGUGGGUGCCAACUAUUGCCUUACCUGAGUGACCAUGACCUGACAUAAUGGGGAGGCUGAAACCUUUGUUGCAUUCUCAACGUGGUGUUCACUAAAGUGUGCAACGAGCUGCUGAUUCCUUGGAUUAGCCUGGUCAAGGGACUGGAUUACAGUCACUCAGACUGGCAUGCUGUGGGCUCUUACAGAGGAGAAAGGAAAAGAAUAGCUCACCUCACCAGUGAGCUUCAGUAGACUGCAGCUGUGUGGAAGAUAACAUACUAUGGAACUGAAACAAGUAUUGCAAGUUUCCUGGUCAAGUGGAGCAGUUUCAGAAGGCAGAGAAAGUUAGGGGAAGUGGCCCAAAAGUUCACAGGGUUAAAUAGAGUAUUGUGACUAGAAACUGUUGACACUGUCUGCAAAAUAUGAAGAGAAGCAAACUUCAGUAAUUUGUGGACUUUUAGAGACUGAUUACCAGGGCAGAUACAGCAAUUCUUAAAGCAGACAGACUUCAACAGGCCUUUAAGCCAUGCUUCUGGUUUAAUAAUGCAAUAGUUUUUAUUGAAAUAUUUGCUGCUAUGGAAGCUUUCAUAAUAAAUUUUUUGACAUUUAA